AUUCUCACCAUUUAUAAGCGCUUUUUUUUGUUUAUCUGAAUCGCAAGGGAAAAUUUUGAUCGAGCCUACCGAAAAGAUUUGUAGUUGUCUCCCAUAUAUCACGUGUCUAUUAUUGUCAGAAAAUAUGUAAACAAGUUUGGAGGAUGAGGUCAUAAUCAUAAUGGCUUGUCAAAUUGUGCUAUUUUUUGGAUUCAGUUUUUGUAGAACCUGAAAGCAUUACGAUGGAUAUGAAAUGCCUACUGUUAUUUUCGUGUUGCUUUUUAGCUGUAACGAAAGGGGAUGUUGAUUUAACAGAAGGGAAAGUUACCAGUGUAAAAUUGACGAAUGGUACCUCAAGACUGGUUCAUAAUGUUGACAAGACAGGCAUCAGUUUUAUUAUUAUUGAAGUUCAUUCUCAAACAAACAAUUUAACAUUAUCAUGGAAAAAUACUUUUACUCAAGACAGUACAGCCAGGGGUAGGAAUGUAGGGGUUAUGACUCCUUACAGUUCUCCUGGUAAUAUAUAUUGGUUUAUUAAAACAGAUGAAGUAGACUCUGUCAAUGUUCUGCUGCUCGUCAAAUAUCUUAAAAUCAAUGAUCCAAUACCUGGUGGAUGUAAUCAGAUUCUAAAUUUAGAGAAUGAUCCCAACAUGUUAUUGUCCUAUACAGAUUAUUGGACAUCAGUCAGAUUUCAGUGGGCCAAUAUUGACACUGUCAGUGAAUGUGAAAGUUCAUUGAUGCAGAAACAAUUGGAGUAUGAUGUUUAUGUAUAUUUUGUGAAAGAAGCUAAACUUGAUGAAAAAUACUUCUUGGAUGCCAUGAAAAAAAUGAUUGGUGUUGAAAAUAUUAUCGCAAAUGGAAGAAAGGUUAUGUCACUAACUAAUGAUAUGAAAACCAAGUCUAAUUUUACUCUGUCAUCUAUUAAUGGUCAGGGUGGUAUAUAUGGUGUAGUUGUUAAAAAUACUCGUCUAAAUACAGUAGCUAGUUAUGUCAGUGUAGCAUCAUAUGGUUGUAAUUUAACUAAUCAAACUUGUGAAAUUGAUGUUGAAGAUGCUGAGUAUGUUAUAGGAGCUUUAUGUUUUCUUGUUGGUGUAGGCUUGUGUUUCUUUGGUCACAAGUUCCUAAAGACAGAAUUUUUUGUGUUUGGAUUUUUAGCAUGGACUAUAAUAUCAUUUGUACUGCUGACUUUAUAUACAGGAAUAGAUCCAGUAUUGGUAUUAACUAUGAGUUGUAUAAUUGGUAUAGCUGGGGGUGGUAUAUGUGUUUUAUUCUGGUGGUACUGGGGAAUACCCAUCCUAUCAGUAUUAAUUGUUGGUUUUGUUGGUGGAUUUCUAUUUUCAGCUGUACUUUUCUUUACUCCAUUUGGUAAUCUUGAUGUAUGGAAUACAGAAUUAAAUUAUUGGAUGGCGUUUACUUGUGCUUUAUUAAUCUAUCCACUAGUAUUACUCUGUUUUACUAAAACGCUGAAUAUCCUAACCUGUGCUUUUGUAGGAUCUUAUCUGAUAUGUAUUAUUAUAGACUAUUUACUACAUACAACACUGAAACUCAUUAUCCUUAAUACCAUCAACCAUGCUAUCAUAGAUGGAUAUGAGAAAAUUAAAGUAGUGACACCGUUCGAUAUAAAUGAUAUAAUAAUGGUGGUAACUUGGGCUGUCCUAUGUAUCGUAGGAACAGCAAUUCAGUUUAACCUCACUAAAGGACAUGCUCCAUUCCCACCAUGUCCACGAGCACAGCGAAGACGUCGUUUGGAACAAGCACGAAAUAGACAACGAGCAAUGGACCAGUUCGAUAAUGAACGACAGCCAUUGAUAUGUGAAAGACCAAGACAGUACAACACUUAUCAACGACAAGAAUUAUAUCAACCAUCAUAACUAUAUAAAUAAUACGUCUAAUAUUAUAUUUUCUUCCAAUCACAAAUAUGUGUUCUUAUUGGUUUUUUACGCCAAUGUGGAAAUGUGGUUGUAUAUUGCCGUCGCCUCCGCUUGUCCAUAUGUCCGUCGUCCACAAUUUCUCAUGAAGACUCUAGACUACAUUUAUUAUCUAAUCUGUUUGAAAUUUAUAUGUAUUUUUUUUUGGGGGGGGGGGGGAUUACUUUAUAAAGUGCCUCUGAACACGUUAUAUGAAAGGGUGCACUAUAAAUAUGCUGUGCUAUAAUAAUAAUAAUAAUAUAUGUGAGACUACAUUUAUUAUCUAAUCUGUUUGAAAUUUAUAUGUAUUUUUUUUUUGGGGGGGGGGGGAUUACUUUAUAAAGUGCCUCUGAACACGUUAUAUGAAAGGGUGCACUAUAAAUAUGCUGUGCUAUAAUAAUAAUAAUAAUAUAUGUGAGACGAAGAUGCAUCCUUGCGCUGAUGAUUUAGCUGCUGCAAGAGUAUGUUUUGUUGCCUGGCAACACAUCUAUUUUCUUGUAUCUGUGAACCAGGGCUCUAAUUUC